UAAAGAGUGACUUCGUCAAAGGACACGAGAACAAAGAAGUUUCAGCCAGCUUCGCCAAGUGAUCGCCUUGACGCUUGGAGAACAAGAAGCUCUGUAGGUACUCAAGGAAUCGCUGUAGAUGAUGGAGUGGCAUGUUUUGGUGUUGAUGCUGAGCUUGCCAACCUUGAGUCAGGCAGAUUGCUCAGCGCAAUGCAUGAGAUGCGCGCAACAGAUCUCCGACCUGGACUCUGCAGUGAACCGCUUGACUUGCACUUUAGAAUGUGAAGGAGCCGUUCCGUCUACUAGUACAUUAGACAGAUGUGAGAAGGCUUUACAGGAGCUUUCAGAUGAAUUCGCGGAGCUCAACCCAGACGCCGACGGAGAACGAAGCGCGUUAAACGCAGAGGAUCUCCAGGAGAAGGCGUCCAACCUGGUCAAACGAUACGGGGGCUUCAUCAAGAGGAUAGAUAAGAAUAAAAAUAAGUUUUUCGCCUCACCAUGGAAGGAGAACGCCAUACUAAAAGGACUGUUCGCGAAGAAAUACGGACAGUCGCUCUCGAAACUGGGCGAGCGAGACGUCCCGUCGAUCACGGAAAACGACGAGGGCAAAGACGUGACUGCGGAAAACGAAACGGUAGUUUAUGAUAACGACGUUCCUCUAAACGAAGCCAAACGUUACGGCGGGUUUCUCCGCAAAUUCGGGCCAAAAAGAAACAACUUUGUGGAUAACACCAGCCCGCAGGUGUUGCAGAAGAGAUACGGCGGGUUUAUGCGAAGAAUUCGCCCGAAGUUGAGGUGGGACAACCAAAAGCGAUAUGGCGGGUUUUUACGGCGCCAUUUUAAAAUCUCCGCGCGCUCUGAUGAAGAGCCCUCAUCGUACGAGGACUAUGCUUUUUAGGCUAUUGUAUCAUAGAUAACCCAAUCAGAACUCAUUAAGCCAACGCAUUUCAGUCCCCCCCCCCCCAAAUG